ACUGAUUUCCUCUCCACUGUCACGUCUGUGUUGGUAGGUUUCUUCUUUCUCCUUACCCUCCUUGGCUCAGGAUCCUCCUUCUUCCCUUACAAUGCCGCCAUUUCAGUCUGUUCAGCUUCGGAGGAUCUUACUUCGAUCCCUCUGUUCUCAAUCUUCACCGUUCGCUCCAUGUUAUUUGCUUGAACUUCGUCCUCCAUUUCCAUCUCAACCCACUUCCAACCCCUUCCCCCUCGGCCACUCUCAAUCUGCCACUGUGUUCACUGCACCUUCACUGUCUCUCUCCAGAUCUUUUUCAUCAGAGCCCUCCCAAUCUUCAAUUCAGGGCCUCCCGGAAGACGUAGAUCCUAUUGCCCAAUCCCUCUCCAAUGAGCUUCUCAAGGACCCAGACUCCGACCCUCUCUCUGUAACACAACGCCUUCAGCUCGGCUUCUCUCACAUCACGCCGACUGCGGAACUUGUUCUUCAAACCCUCAAUAUCUCCCCUGAAGCUGGCCGUACAGUGUUAGGGUUUAGCCAAUGGCUGGUUGUAAACCCUAACUUCACCCACAAUGAUGAGACGCUGUCUUAUUUCGUUGGCUAUUUCGGCCGUCGCAAAGACUUUAAGGCAACCCAUGAGGUUCUCGUCGGUGGGCGUGCUAUCGCCGGGCCUAAAACCCUAGAGGCUGCGAUUGAUCGGCUUGUGCGUGCGGGUCGUCCCACCCAGGCUGUUUCGUUCUUCGAGAGAAUGGAGACGGAUUACGGGUUGCAGCGUAAUCACGAUUCAUUGAGGUUAAUCGUGGAAAAGCUUUGUGAAAAAGGGUAUGCGAGUUAUGCGGAGAAAAUGGUGAAGAAUCUGGCCAACGAGUUCUUUCCUGAUGAACGCAUCUGUGAUCUGCUAAUCAAGGGUUGGUGUGUUGAUGAGAAACUGGACGAAGCUCGAAGACUAGCUGGAGAAAUGUAUCGUGGAGGGUUUGAACUCGGGACAUCUGCGUAUAACGCCAUUCUUGAUUGUGUAUGCAAGCUUUGUAGAAAAAAGGAUCCAUUUCGCAUUGAUUCUGAGGCUGAGAAGGUACUUGUGGAUAUGGAUUAUAACGGAGUUCCAAGAAAUGUGGAAACUUUCAAUGUAUUGAUAUCUAAUUUGUGUAAGAUUAGGAGAACUGAAGAUGCAAUGAAAUUGUUUUACAGAAUAGGAGAAUGGGGUUGCCAUCCAGAUGCGACCACGUUUCUUAUUCUAACUAAGAGUUUGUACCAGGCUGCAAGAUUAGAAGAGGGGGAUGAAAUGAUUGACAGGAUGAAAUCUGCCGGGUUUGGUGAAGCUGUUGAUAGGAAGGCUUACUAUCAGUUCCUGAAGAUUUUGUGUGGCAUUGAGAGAAUUGAUCAUGCAUUGAGUGUUUUUGCGAAGAUGAAAGCAGACGGAUUUGAACCGGGUAUCAAAACUUAUGAUUUGUUGAUGGGGAGAUUAUGUGCCCAUAAUCGCAUUGACAAAGCUAAUGCACUCUUCAAUGAAGCUCAAAGAAGGGGGGUGCCUGUGACACCAAAGGCAUAUAAGAUAGAGGCCAGGUAUACGAAGAAGCCGAAGGCUGUGAAGAGUGAGAAGAAAAAGCGAGAGACUCUGCCUGAGAAAAUGGCGAGGAAGAGAAGACGUCUAAAACAGAUUCGACUGAGUUUCGUGAAGAAACCGAAACGAAUGAUGGGUCGAGCAUAUUGAUGUCGUUUGUUAUGGUUUACUGACAUUAUUUUGUUGAUUUAAUCACAACCGUUAUGGAAUUUGAGGAUGGGAGAGAAUUACAAUCAUUGUUUACUUUGUGUCAAAUUUAGUUAUAAUCCCAGCCCGCAUCUUCUGAAAUAAACCCGUGCUUGGUCUCAGUUUCUUGGAACUGGAAUCAUUGCUGGUUGGGAACAUGGAAGAGGAAAUGUUCCUAUGAUCUUCUCAAGGUGCCCGACACAGGGACAUGCCUUGAUCCAGGGUGUGCUCCUGCCUCUGUUAUAGUCUUAUAGAUGCUCUUAUCCAAGUUACCGGGUUGGUUGUAAAAUGGAAGCCAUUUUUUUCUGGUUCAGUAGUGUAAGACUAAGGCCUGUGGCUUACGGGGAAGAUGUAGACCCGCCGUCGAGUCGUUGACCUCCCUGAUGCGCCACGCACUCGUAUUUUGUUUUGGUUAUUUUUGGAUUAUCCUGUUAUACAAGAGGACAUACGACUUCGGAAUCUGAGGAGGAAGAACAGGGCCAGAGAUGGCCAUGUGGCCCAAUGAAAGGAAAAUUAUGGCCCCAAA